AAACAAACCAGGCCACGGGCGCAUUGCACGACACUUGCGGCACGACCCAAUCGCAGCGCCCCAUUUUUCCGACUUAAUUCCAUUACCAUUUUUGCGCCAGCAGCUGUGCUUUAACGUCGGCGACGAUGGCUCCAGGCACGCGACGCGCGAAUCGCAGCGGAUACGCCGACCACGACGACUUCGAAGGUCUCCCAGUGCGACAAUGGCGCCACGAUUGGGUCAACGUCGCGCCGCCGCCUCAGCAGGAACAACAGCAGCAGAACGACAUCUGGUCGAUCGACGUCAUCCACGGCAUGCCGAAGGACUCGCACCUUCUACCGACGCAUAGCCAGGAAUUACUCCUCGCCGCGCGAUCCGGUCGACUCUACAAGCGUCCCGCGCCAGUUGAGGAGGAAGAGGCUGACCCCGAAGCGAUCCCGGAGAAGCCAGAGAAGAAGGAGGAAGACGACAGCGCCAAGGGAUACAGCAUCAAACUCUGGAAGCAGAUUCCCCGGAAUGUCGAGGCCCCAGCCGUCUCGCACUUGGCCAAGCGACGAAAGAACACCGUGACCAUCGCCAGCAAGACAAUCGAGGACAAGCCGACUGUAACCAGGGUGACUGUGAGAAAGGUUGAUGUUGCGGCACCUCAGAACGCAAGGAAACGACCAAAUCCACCGAAGAGAAAGUCGAGGGCUGGUCCUGGCCGAGGCAAGAAGAGGGGAAGGAUUCCUCUUCUUGGUGCAGGACAGCCAGUGGCUGCUGCGGUCCCGAUAAAUGGCGCCGCGGCUCCUGCUGCAGUCAAGCCCGAGCCGACUGGCGACAACGGCAUCAAGCAAGAAAGCGAAGAUAACGCCAACCACGAUAGCGAAAUGGCCGAUGGCGACGACGACGAUGACGACAACGACGACGACGAGGGAGAAGACGGCAACGAAAACGAGGAUGGUGACGAAGGCGCUGAGACACCAGCCGAAAGCACUCAGCACGGAAGUACAAACGGCGACGGCGACAAGGCUCAGGAUCAUGAAAUGGCAGACGCUGUGCCCGCUGUUGAAACGUCCUCGUUUGAUCCUCCAGAUGUUGAGAUGGGAGGUAACGAGGUUCCAUCAGAGCCACAGGCACCUCCCAACCCUCUCAGCCUAGCCCCUCCUCCUCCUCCUCUCAACCUGACCCCCAGCAUGUCAAAGCUUGAGGGAAGCCCACUUAAGAAUGUCAUUAUGCCCUCUCCCACAACGGAGGUUCCUCCGGAUGUCUCACUGGAUAACACAUUCACCACGGAGCCCGUUGUCGAGAACGUCAAAGCCCCUGAGGCUACGCCAAUCGUGGAGCCGGUCACGACUGAGCCUCCUUCAGCUGCCGCAGAAGAAGCACCCGAGACUACUCCCGACGCCAUCGCCCCUAAGGACGAGUCUCCCAAGGAGGACACGUUGCUGCCUCCUCCGCACGAGCAAGUCGGUAAUAUCGCCACCACUCCCACUGCUGAAGACUCGGGUAGCACCGUUGCAGACAGUGCAGAGAUUCCCAUCGAGGAGGUCGAAACAGGAGAAGAAGCAAUCCUAGAGAAUCCACCCCUAGAGCAGGACGAUAUCACUAUGACCGAGGACGCCAUUAAGCAAGAGGAUUCCGCGCCUGCCAGCAUUGCCAUGUCUGAGCCCGCAGAGCUCCCUCCUGUCGAGCCCGAAGCAGUCGAAGACAUCAUGGAAACUGAUGUACUUGCUGAGGCGCCCGCCGAGCCCACCCCCGAAGAGGCAAAGCCCGCUUCGCCUCUGAAGGAAGAGACUCCUGUGGUUGCCGAUGCCGCUGAGGAGCCUGACUUGCUUGGUGGAUUACUUGGUGAGCUGGACCGUCAGGUCGAUGAGAAGAUGGAGAUGGAGUUGGAGUUGGAGAUGGAAACUCUGGUGUCUGAGCCAGCCGUCGAACCUGCUGCUGAACCAACCCCUGAACCUAUCCCUGAGCUUGCCCUCGAAGCUACUCCUGAGUCUGCUCCUGAGGCUGUCCCUGAGGCCGCCCCUGAGAUUAUCGAGCCUGUCGUCAAGUCUAUCUUCGAGCUUGUCGCCGAAUCUGCCGUUGAGCCUGAGGUCGAGCCUGUGGUCGAGUCUGUGGACGAGCCUGUCGUCGAUAUUCCCCUUGAACCCGCCGUCGAACCCGCCGUCGAACUAGUCGUCGAACCAGUCGUCGAACCGGUCAUUGAACCCGCCGCUGAGCCUGCUGCCGACGCUGCUCCCGAACUCACUGCCGAACUCGCCACCGAGCCGGCUCCUGAGCCUGUACUUGAAUUUGCUCCCGAGCCUGUACCUGCAUCGACCGAACCUUCAGAGGCCCCCGUGCCGGAGGCAGAACCCUCUGAGAAGAAGGUAGAAGAGCCUAUCCCGGAGGUACCCGUGCCCGAGAUCUCCCCCUCAGAAAUCCCCGCAGCAGAUCCACCCGUCGAGGCACCACCUGCAGAGAAGAAGGAGGAUAAUCUGGCGUCUUAAGCGUCUUUGUGUUGGGAACUGGGAGGAGUACGUUUGAGAGUUUGAGUGGAUUUCGUCAAGACAAUUGUUUUGGAUAGACAGAUGGUCAGGAUUGUUGGGGUCAAUCUUUUGGUUGGAUGCUUCGUUGUUUUUUGUUUGCUCUGGGCUGUGCAGUACGGAGAAUGGACUGGGUGGGCGUUUUUGUACAACAGAAUCUUGCUAUGGGAGAGGAUCCUGGGUAGAGUUCAGUGAAUGAACGGCCGUUUUGCUGGUUUAAACUAAGUGUUUCUAUUCGUCAUGUGUGUAUAAACUCAUUCUCUACUGGCAGUCUUGCUUUCAAGACGUGGGAAUGGUGCUGUCGUUGGUCGAUUUCGGACUCCUUGUCCAUCCACAUUCUGCACCGCCGUGCUCGUUCCGACGCUUGCAUCUCCGGCUCCGUUGUCUAUCUCCGGCAG